CUUGCAACCCAAACCGAGCAUUCUUGCCGAAAGAUUUAAAUUUCGGCAAAGAUUACAAAAGGAAGGCGAAAGCAUCGCAGAAUACGUCGCAAUUUUAAAAAAAAUGUCUAAAUCUUGUGAAUUCGGAGGCGGGUUAGACGAAAGCAUGCGCGAUCAACUAGUAUGCGGCAUCAAUAGUGAAAUAAUCAGACAGCGGCUUUUUGCGGAGGAAAAGUUGGAUUAUGCGAAGGCCUAUAAAUUAGCUGUCAGUAUAGAGGCCGCGGAGAAAAAUGCUGCAAUUGUAGAGGGUCAGGCACGACCAUCAGCGCCUGUCGAAACUAAAUGCCUAGCUAUUAAGAACAUGCGGCGAAACACGGUACGUCCAUGGGGCCCAGCAAAGGAUCAUGUAGCAUCGACGCAUCGUAACAAGUUGAAUGUCGGCACAACAACAGAAGUAUCGUCGGAGCCAGCAGAGCGCGGCCGUCCUUAUCAGCAGUGCGGGGUGUGUGGGAGAUCACACCACACAGCUAGCUGCAAGUUUGCUAAGUAUUUUUGCAGGGUGUGUAAUAAACAAGGGCAUCUGAAACGUGUAUGUCCCCAAUUGACGAGUCAGAACUAUGUGGCACAAACAGAAGACAUUGGAAGUGCAAUAGACAGUGAUGCAAGCGAUGAGUUCCAGAUAUUGUAAAGUCUUCGAGGACGGGUUGGGCUGUUUCACCGGUGGGCCAGUAAGCAUCCACGUGCGUGAGGGGGCGCGCCCUGUGUACAUGCGGGCGCGACCACUGGCGUACGCAAUGAGAGCACCGGUGGAGCGUGCCCUAGACCAGCUGGUGCAGGACGUUAUCCUCACGCCCGUCGACCGUUCUGACUGGGCAACACCAAUAGUACCUGUGGUAAAAAAAGAUGGUAACAUCAGAAUCUGUGCCGAUUAUAAGCUUACUUUAAACAAGGUGUUGGAAAUUGACCGUUACCCUGUACCGCGAGUAGAGGACUUGCUGACACGUUUACAUGGGGGUGAAAGAUUCAGCAAAAUAGACCUUUCACAAGCCUAUGCCCAAUUAGAAUUAGAUGAAUCAAAAAAAUACACAGUCAUAAAUACUCAUAAGGGUUUAUUUAUGUAUAAUCGGUUAGUAUAUGGUUUAGCUUCGAGCCCAGGUAUUUUUCAAAGACGAUUAGAACAAAUGUUUGCAGAUAUGCCAAAUGUUGGGGUUUUCCUUGAUGACAUAAUAAUUACAGGCCUAGAUACUCAUUGUCAUAUAGAUACAUUGCAUAAAGUAUUUCAAAGGUUACAACAUUAUGGGUUAAAAGUUAAGAGAGAGAAAUGUAGUUUUUUUAAAGAGUCAAUCAGUUUCUUAGGUUAUGUUAUAAGCAAAG